UCACUGCUCAGCACCACAAGACUUGUACCAGAUCGCACGCCUCUCUUACCUACGCACUGGCAAGACAACGCUAUGAGGGUAACACCGGUGGUGGUGGUGGUGGUAGUGGUGGUGAUGGGCGCCACUUACUGGCCCACAGGAGACGCUUUGACGUGCCUGCAGUGUGAUACGAAGGACAACGCGUGCAGAGAUGCUAACAUGACCUCGGUGCCUUGCGGGGGAACCUGCUACUGGAAGAUGGACCUAUCACGCAACUUUGACGUGCGCCGCUGCCACCCGUUCGCCAUGGCCACCAAGAUGUUGGGUAUGAACAACGACAUGGAGGACGACUGCUACUGCAACUAUAACGACUGCAACGGCAUCAAUUGUUAUCCCAGCGGCCCCUAUAAUUCCUCCAGCUGUCCCUCCCUUGCGUUUCUCCUUAGCGUUCUCCUACUGCUGCUUCUACGGUUGUAAGGAACUGAGGAAGGGAACCUGUGUCUUGUCCGUAUAGUGAAACAAGGAGAAGUGUUUUGUCUCGGUUAUUUCUGUCUUUUAAAAUGCUCAUUUUCUUUCACUUUUUUUCUUUUUCCACUUUUUUUUCUAUAGCUUCUUUUUAUUUCUUUUUGUUGCUUCUUUUUCUUUUCUUCUUUUUUAUUUUGCCUCUUUAUUUCUGGCAUUUCUUUUUCGUUUUUUUAUUUUUUUCCUUGUACUACUACUACUACUACUACUACUACUUUGGACCUAUUAGGCUAUGAUUUGUUUCUUUGGUUACUCUCCUCAGUUUUCCUUUACGUCCUUAAGUUUCAGUUUCUCAUUUUCCAGGACUUGACCAGAAAUCCUUUCCUGCAACGUAGCUGCGUUUUGCGUGUUUUCAAUCUUCUGUUAUGUGGGAUGGAAAGUAGAAAACGAAUAAUUUGCGACAGUAACUUAUGAAAAAAUGAAGGAAGAAAAUAAAGAUUUGCAACAGUAACUUAUGAAAAACGAACGUAGAAAGUAAAAUUUUGGGUAUAUUUUGUUGACUGGUCUUUGGGAGAAGGUAAUAAAAAAAUAGAUGUUUAACCUUGUU